CAAACGGGAAGAAGGCGUUGAGCAUCCAUUCGAAAAAUGAACUGGCGGGGUAAAAUGUUAGUAUAGCAGCGAAAAUUAAAAACUAGUCAAGAUGUUGAGGUUUAUUUUCAGAAUAUCGAGCCCUGAUAAGCACGACUACAAGAUCUAGUGUUAAUGAGCGGCGGAGCUGUUUGUAGCACACGCUUUCAACAAAUAGACCAAUAUUUUGAUAUAUCUGCGUUGAAUUUUUGUCUAUAAUGUCAACUGUGUCUCUUUUUUUAAGUAGUAUCAGACUGUAACGUUUAGGUUUCGGUGUGUUCGAGUAUAUCUGAAAUGACUCUGCAAAAAAUCACGUCGAUAGGGAGGUCCUGUUCAGGUUUGUGAUUUAUAGAGAAAUAAUUGACCAUGUCUGCUAAUGGGAAAGUCAUUCCGCACACCCCGCUGGUUGUAGACUUUUGGCAUGUAAGGAAAUGUCCUGGCAGCAGACUGUUCUUCCUGACCCACAUGCACAGCGACCACACGGUGGGUCUGACGUCCACAUGGAGCAACCGGCCCAUCUACUGCUCCCCCAUCACUGCCUCCCUGCUCAGGCUCAGACUGCAGGUGAAAGAAAAAUGGAUCCAUCCUCUAGAGCUCGGUGAGCCACACCUGCUCCCACUGGACGAUAUAGGCAAAGAGAAGCUCACCGUCACUCUGAUAGAUGCCAACCACUGUCCAGGAGCAGUCAUGUUUCUUUUUGAGGGUUACUUUGGAUCAAUUCUGUACACUGGUGAUUUCAGGUUCUCUCCUGUUAUGCUUCGUGAGCCAUGUUUACAGACCAACACUACUAUUGACAUUCUCUAUUUGGACAACACAAAUUGUGACCCCAACCGUAUUUUGCCAUCCAGACAAAAAGCCACUCAACAAAUCAAAGAAAUCAUCCGAAGUCAUCCCGAUCACUCUAUUGUUAUAGGCGUGUAUGCUUUGGGUAAGGAGACGCUGCUGGUGGAGCUAGCGAUGGAGUUUAAAACCUGGGUUGAGGUGAGUGUUGAGAGAAUGGAAACCAUCAUGGCUCUGGAGCUUCCUGACGUCUUCACCACUGAGCCAGGGGCUGGCCGUAUCCGAGCAGUGGAGCAGUCCAGGAUUUGCUCUUCGGCGUUGCUUGAGUGGAACAAAGGACAACCCACAUUGGCCAUUAUACCCACCAGCAGACCCCUCGUCUCCUUCCACCCUAAUGUCCAUGUUGUGCCCUAUUCUGACCACUCUUCCUACCAAGAACUAGAUGAUUUUGUCUCUGCACUGAAACCUUAUUCUGUUGUGCCAAUUGUGGGACGAUGCCUACCUGGAGGUCUGUCUGCUCUACUGCCACACAACAAACGCAGGGAAAUCCACAUACCCGAGUCAGUCCAGCUGUACAUGUUGAGACAACCAGAAAGGCAGCUCAGGCCCUCAGCAUAUGUUGGCCUUGGUUACAGAAAUCUCAGACCUGUUGCUCCCAGAGGAGUUGUAUUUGAUAGUCCUGUGGAAGAAUUCAGAAAAUCGUAUGUAGAUGCCUGGGAGGCAGAGAGCGAGGAGCAGGACGAAUCUGAGGAGGUUAUGGACACAGAAAGCAGCGAAACCGAUUAUGACUGUAUUCUUAUCGAUCCGAGCAUAAAACUCACACCUAACAGAGACGGAGAAGGAACUGAUGAUCGAAUGGUUUCUGAAGAAUUGACGAUGAUGGAAUCAGUGCAACUUGGUCAAAUCAACAAGAGCGGCUUUGGUCCCGUAGGCACUCUGGCAAACUCCAAGUCACGCUUAAAAACCACCACUACAAGGCAACAGUUUGAACACUUUCAAAGCAACAUUUCAGCUACAUCUGAACACAGCCCUGAUAGAGCCUCAAUUACUUCAUCCAGCAGCUCCACUGGAUUAUCACGGCAGUCUGUAGAGGCGCAUGAAAACAACCUUUUGAAGCGUGUCCUCAUGUCAGAGAACGAUUUCAAGCCUAGGGGCUUGCUUUCUCGUGAAUUUGUGCGCAAGUUUACCCUCUCACCUCUGAAGAGUGCAUCUGAUUAACAAGAUGCUUAGGAUUAUCUUGGUGGCUUUUUCUGUUCUUUUAUUGUGAAAACUAUAAAAUCAUUACUGCCUGUUUUUUCUUAUUUUCCCUUUCUGUUUGUGGUGGAUUUUGAUCCAGGCAUUCUGCCUCCUUACUAAGAAACAGUAUCAGACAGGAUGUGCUUUUACAUCAGUUGUGCUAAUACGUUUGUCUGAUGCUUUUAUUAAUGUUCACUCAGUGGGCACUGUGCACACCGCUUGGAUGUUGACCAGGCAUCUACUGCGUUACACUGAGAACAAGGAGACUAUUUAAUGAGGUUACUGCAGGGUCUGCCCUGGAUUUUGUCUUGCCCCAGUACCUCCCUGCAUUUUGACCUGUUGGGGAUCAGCAGAAAGAGCAGCUUGACUCCGUCUGAAGCGAUUUUACUUUACACUCUUGCCUUGAAAACAUGGCCAAAUAACUGAAGUGUGGUUUCAAAUGUUGUUGUGUUGUGUUUUGAACAUUUUUUGACCACAAACACCUUUGUUGAUGUUGCUAAUAGAUCUACAGCAAAUAUCUUAGAUGACAAAUUAAUACACAUGUAAGCUAAUGUAAAGAAGAGUUUGUUUUUGUCCUAAUUUGAUGCAAACUUUGUGCUUGUAUUUGUGUCAGAGUCGAGCAUUUGAGCUUAGCCUCCACAUCUGUCAGUGCCUGUGGCAUCUAAUAUUUUCAUUGUUUAUAGUAAAAGUAUUUUGCACUUAUAAUUAAUAGUGAGGAAAUGAUUGCUCCUAGUAAUUAACCUUUUUUUGUGAGUAUUUAAAAGUAUGAAAAGUGCCAGAUGGAGCUUAUGUUUGUUAAGUCAGAUGCAUGUGUUAAUCAUUAUAUUGUUUUUCUCUACACUAUCCGCUUUGACCUGAAUGGUGGUUAAGAUUUUUCUUUCUCCAGAUGAGCUUAAAUAAAAAAAUAAAUGAAUUUAAGCAAUGCAAUUAAAAUGGUUUGUAGAUGUUGGUUUUUAAUUAGGCUAAACUGGUUUGCAAUUAAUAGGAUUGGUAAUAAUUAGUUGGGAUAUGUCUACAAACAUGGGAAAGGGUAAUGCAAACACAAUAGCUUCAGAGGUUCUGAAACUCAGAGAUGGAAAAGAUCAAAUAAUGAAAAGGGAAUAUUGCCUUUUAAAACAAUGCAGCAUAACCCACUGUAUAUUGGACUGUUACCUUUUUCUGUUUUUAAAAUCAGUUUAUUAUUGUAGGGAUCACCAGUAAAGACAUGUUAAAUUUCUAUGGUUAAUUUUUAUUAAUCUGCCUAUUUGGACUUAAUUUUUCAGCCAUUAAGCUUAUUUAGGUAUUUUGGUUAAGUACAGAGCAAGCUAUAUGACUUAUUUUCAUGUGUUAAUCGCUGUGUUUCUGCCCACCUUGUAUCUCCAUUAAAGUUACAUGAGCAGCAUUGACGUUCCCAAAUAGUAAGAAUGUGUGAUGACUACAAGUCAGUGCCCCAAGUUUUGUUUUUGUGUCAUCUUUGAAAAUUUGAAUAACAGAAUUUUGUAUUGCGUACUUGCUGUAGAACUGGACAUAAACAUUAGGCAUGUGUUAAAGUACAGAAAAGCCCUGCAUUCGUCCAACUACAUGUACCUAGUAUUUUCUAUUGGAAAAUAUCCCUUCCCUGUA